AACGCACCUUCACUCAUUUCCUUUUCAUUCAAAUUUUCUCUGUAACAAUGGCGGCUUCUGCUUCUCUUUACUAUUUUCUCACUCUCCUACUCCUUUGUGCCAUCCCUUUUACCUUCUCCGAGCUCGUUAAAGAGCAGCCUCUGGUGUUGAAGUACCACAAUGGGCCACUCUUGAAGGGGAAGAUCACCGUUAAUCUCAUCUGGUACGGGAAGUUCUCCCCAACCCAGCGCUCCAUAAUCGUCGAUUUCAUCAACUCUUUGAGCUCUGCCGUCAAACCCAAGAUUCCGUCGGCGUCGUUUUGGUGGAAAACGACGGAGAAAUACAAGUCCGGUUCCUCCACUUUGGUCGUGGGCAAACAAAUCCUCCUCGAAAAUUACCCGCUCGGUAAAACCCUUAAGAACCCACACUUGCCAGCGUUGGCCAGGAAAUUCAACGGCGUAGGUACGGUUAGCGUUAUCCUCACGGCCAAAGACGUCGCCGUCGAUGGGUUCUGCAUGAGGUGCGGGACUCACGGGUCGAACCGGGUUGGUCGGGUUCGAGGUACUUUUAUCUGGGUUGGAAACUCGGAGACUCAAUGUCCUGGUCAAUGCGCCUGGCCAUUUCACCAGCCUAUUUAUGGUCCCCAAACUCCACCGUUGGUGGCUCCCAAUGGAGACGUUGGGAUUGACGGAAUGAUCAUCACCUUGGCCACCCUUUUGGCUAACACUGUUACCAACCCGUUUAACAACGGGUAUUUCCAGGGGCCCGCCGACGCGCCGUUGGAGGCGGUUUCAGCUUGCACGGGGAUUUUCGGGACGGGUUCGUACCCGGGUUAUCCGGGUAAACUGUUGGUGGAGAAGAGCACCGGAGCGAGCUACAAUGCCAACGGCGUUAACGGCCGGAAAUACUUGUUGCCGGCGAUGUGGGAUCCGCAGACGUCGAGGUGCAAAACGCUAGUUUGACGGGGACAGGUGGCGGAGAUCAGUGGUGAAAUGGGGAAAUCGUGGCAGUGAUAUGGUGAUGUAAUGUAGAUAUUUGGGUGUGGUUAUUUAUGGUUUAUCACGUGAUGGGUAAAAUUCUAGUUUGGUACUGGGAGAGAAAAGGAAUUGUAGGUUGGUGUAAAAAGAAAAGAAAAGAUGUGAAUGUAAGAUAAUAAUGAUAAUGAAUAUAGAGAUAUUAAAAGAAAUUAAAAGCUAUACUAUUUUCAUCA